AUUCCUAAAACAGAUAGAGACUUACAGGAUCAUGAGACUCUACAUCUUUUUUCUUGUGUUUCUUUUGGCUGUGCUUUCCGGCUCACAAGUUGAUUCCCAAGAUAGCUGCAUGGGCAACCCAAAAAACAAAAUUAGAGGAUGCGAUCGGCAUGGUUGUGGACACUAUGGAGCCAGACGGAAAGGUGGGAAACACCUGGGUCUUGAUAUAGAGUGUAAAGAUGGAGCCACAGUUAAAGCACCAUUUGAUGUGACACUGAAUGGAAAAGCUAUUCCAUACAACAAUAAAUCUCCUAUCGAUAAUGGUAUUAACUUGAGAGGAAAAGGUCUUUGCUUCAAGCUGUUCUAUGUGAAGCCAGACAGUUACUAUGGAAUUGUAAGGAAAGGGCAGAGGAUUGGAACUAUGCUCCCAAUGCAGAGGGUCUAUCCUGGCAUCACUUCCCAUGUUCACGUUCAAAUGUGUGACAAAUCAGAUCCCACCAAAUACUUCUGA